CCCUCACCUUUUCCCCUUCUCCCAUUACACCGCAAUUCUCCCCUUCCCUCAAAAAUCUUCUAAACCCCAUUUCACAUUUCAACAACCAAGAAUCAACGACCCAAAAACCAAGAACCAAAAAUCAAGAUUCAAGAACCAAAAAACCAAGAAUCAAGAACCAAGAAACCAAGACUCAAGAACCAAGAAAAGGUAGUCCCCUCAAACCCCCCACUCCAACCCAAACAAAAAAGUAGUCCACCUCGCCACGUUUUCAUAUAUUUCCAAGUUUUCAACCUUUCAAUCUCUGUGUCAACUUGUCCAUUUCAUCAUUUCUUCUUCACCUUCCCCCAUUUCCCCUCCCCAUAUAAAUCCCUUACCUUUUUCCCUUCUCCCAUUACACCCCAAUUCUCCCCUUCCCUCAAAAAAUCUUCUAAACCCCAUUUCACAUUUCAACAACCAAGAAUCAACAACCCAAAAACCAAAAACCAAGAACCCAAAAACCAAGAAUCAAAACAAUCAAGAAUCCUUGUGUGUAUUAGACAACAUUGUAUUACAAACGAUACCAUGUUGUCUUUCACCCCGCAUCUAUCUAAGCCAACACCACCCACCCCCACCACCCUUUGGUCUCACCCCACCCACCCUCACCCCACCUACCCCACUAAACGCCACCACUUCUCACAACUCACCAACAACCGCAAACUUAGCAUUACUGCCAUUGAUGCAGCACAACCAUUUGAUUAUGAAGCAAUAGUUUCAAAUCAAUUAUUUCAAUCAAACAAACUCAAAAUAGCCAUAGUUGGUUUUGGUAAUUUUGGUCAGUUUUUAGCUAAAGCAUUUAAGCGUCAAAAUCAUAUUGUUUUUGCACAUUCAAGAACUGAUUAUUCACAUAUUGCAAAUUCAUUAGGUGUUUCUUUUUUCCAAGAUCCAAAUGAUUUAUGUGAACAACAUCCUGAUGUUAUUGUUCUUUGUACUUCAAUUAUAUCAACUGAACCUGUACUUAGAUCAUUACCAAUUCAAAGGUUAAGAAGAAACACAUUGUUUGUUGAUGUUUUGUCUGUUAAAGAAUUCCCAAAGAACAUUUUUUUACAAGUUUUACCUACCCAUUUUGAUGUACUUUGUACUCAUCCUAUGUUUGGACCUGAAAGUGGUAAAGACAGUUGGAAAGGUUUAGGUUUUGUGUUUGAUAAAGUUAGAAUUGGUGAAGGUGAAUCAAGAAAAGCGAGGGUCGAUAAGUUUCUUGAUAUAUUUGAGAAAGAAGGUUGUAGAAUGGUACCAAUGACAUGUGCUGAACAUGAUAGAUAUGCUGCCGGUUCGCAGUUUAUAACGCAUACAAUGGGUAGGGUGCUGGAGAAAUUGGAUUUGGAAACAACUCCUAUUAAUACUAAAGGGUAUGAGACUUUGUUGAAUUUGGUUGAGAAUACUUCUAGUGAUAGUUUUGACUUGUACUAUGGAUUGUUUAUGUACAAUAAAAAUGCUAUGGAGCAGUUGGAAAGACUUGAUUUAGCUUUUGAGUCUUUGAAGAAAGAGUUAUUUGGUCAUUUACAUGAAGUUUUGAGGAGGCAAUUGUUUGGGAAAGUUGAGGAAGCAGGACAAAGGCGUGUGUUAUCGAAAUUGCCCAAGAAUGGGUAUGCGUUGCCAGCUCCUUCAUCGGACGCAGUUAAAUCGCAGAACAAUUGAGGGAAUUCUGAAUCUUUGGUAUGUCUGCAUUUGGAUGUUUAUUAAUAGCAUCUUUGUAACAAUUCAAUGUUAGCAAUGUAACUAUGCUUACAAGGACAUGCUCAUUGUGUUGUUUAAUGUGAAGACUAAGGAGAAGCACUAAAUCAACCUUCUUUUUCCAUUUGGAGUUGGGAUUAGGUGUUGAGUUGUAAAAUCAUCAAAAAAAAAAAAAAACAUAAAUAUUUUGGCCUGUAAUGUCAGCUGUUGUUUAGGAACAUUUGUGGUAGGAGAGUAUCUUUUGAUGUAGUUUAGGGGUCGACAAGGCAGUUAACAUUUGUUUGUUUGUUACUGGAUAGGAUAUUCUGUAUCUCAUGUAUUUAUGAUUGAAUAGAAGAGUUAUGUGUUUGCUUA